AUGAAGGUUACAGACAGUAAUGUGAUCCGGUUUCACCUUCAAGUCCUCUAUGGGAUUUCUACAAAGAAUUUUGAAAAGAAAAAGGAGACGCCGUUCAUCAGUGGACCAAAGGUCUUCGGUGUUCCCCUGGACCAUCUGCCCAGACAAUAUAUUCCUGAGUUUGGACUUGUACCCUGCUUCUUGGUGGAAGCUUGUUCUCUGCUGCUGGAGCGAGCCGGGACUGUGGGUCUGUUCAGAAAACCAGGCUCUCUUUCUCGCAUCAAGACCCUCAGGGCCAAGCUGAAUCGUGGAGAGAGCUGCCUGGCCACAGCCCUCCCCUAUGAUGUUGCCACACUCGUCAAACAGUUCUGCAGGGAACUUCCAGAGCCGUUGUUCCCCUCUGGGCUCCAUGCAGCUCUGCUCAAAGCCCCGGCCCUGGCCGCCCUGCAGGACAGGAUGGCCGCCCUCCAGCUGCUGUCCUGCCUGUUGCCUGCCAGAUACUUCUCCAGUCUGCAUUACCUGUUUGACUUCCUCUGCAGAGUGUCUCUGAGAUGCGGUGACAACCUGAUGACCAGUUCCACCCUCGCUACCGUCUUCGUUCCGAGUCUCUUACCACCGCCAAACAAAACAGAGAUGUCAGAAAGGCGACUUGGGCUCAGAGUUCUUGUCCUGAAGAUGUUCAUUGAGAAUCCCCAUCUCUUUGGUAAUAAACCUGCCAUGAGGGACAUGGGGUGGUCGGCUGUGUCAGUGCUCAGCCUGCUGCUGUGGACGCAGCUCGGCGCGGCCGCGGCCCGGAGCAUGCGCACUGCGGACCCGCUGGCGGAGGCCGACAUCCAGCGGCUGCUGCACGGCGUCAUGGAGCAGCUGGGCAUCGCCCGGCCCCGGGUCGAGUACCCCGCUCACCAGGCAAUCAACAUCGUCGGGCCGCAGAGCAUACAGGGUGGUGCUCACGAGGGCCUGCAACAUCUUGGCCCUUAUGGAAACAUUCCCAACAUUGUGGCUGAGCUGACGGGGGACAAUGUUCCCAAAGACUUCAGUGACGACCACAGCUACCCAGACCCUCCAAACCCCUGUCCUCUGGGAAAGACGGCAGAUGGCUGCUUGGAAAAUGCUCCUGACACAGCUGAGUUCAGCAGAGAGUUUCAAAAACAUCAGCAUCUGUUUGACCCCGAACAUGACUACCCAGCUCUGGCAAAGUGGAACAAGGAGCUUUUGUACCAAAAACUGAAGGGAGGACCAAGCAGAAAAAAGAGGAGUGUGAACCCUUAUUUACUGGGCCAGAGGUUGGAUAAUGUGGUCGCCAAGAAAUCAGUUCCCCACUUCUCUGAGGAAGAUGAGGAGGAAGGACCGACUGUUCCUGCAGCUACCAAGUCCACAGCCUAAAUCCACACAACUGCCACUGGAAAAUGAAAAUGAUACGCUCCGAUUAAUGUUCCUAACGCCACACAUUUUAGCAUUUUGGUCAACAGUCCAUGAAACUGUCUGCACUGAGUGUUGACUUUGUUCAGGCUUUUCUUUACAUCAUAUUCAAUCACAUUAACUGGAUCUUAGUCAGUUAUUUCUACAUUUACACUAGAUGUGCUCCUGCAUCUUCUUUAUAUCCAUCCUAAUGUCAGGAGGGGCAGGUUUCUAUUAAAGGUGAUAAUGAAAUGUGUGUAAACAUCACAGCUUUACCAACAGCAAGUAUAUUAAAGACUGUUUUAUAAUGUAUUGGAAUGCUGAAAUUGAUCCUUCAUGCACCAUUAAUAAUCUGUAUAGUUUCAGGGUGCAAAUACUUUUUCUAAACACAUCAAAAUAACUGUAUACAGCGGGUUUUGAGCUUUAUACAGAAAGAAAAAGAAACUCCGCCAUGUAGUCAGAUUGCUACAAAUUCAAACCAGAAUAUUAAACUGUGUGGUGUUUAAUACUGAACAGGUAGUGAACUGUAAAUGUAUUAUAAGAAGAAGCUGUAUAAAGAUCUGGAAGAAUGCUAAAUCAGAAAGUUAUGUUAUUCUUGUAUGUACAGGAAUCAGUUUUACUCUCACUAUUUGUUUUUAAUUUGUGCCAACACAAAUUACCUUUUAAAAAUGACAGUUUAAUCCCAACCUUAAAGAGCAUUAAGUCUGGAGUUGAUAUUUACAGUAAUUAUUUUGUUAUUGUGAUGCUUUGCUGUAGUUUGGCACGUCUUUACAGACUACAAACUCUGAUCUUUCACUUUGCUGUGCGGCAGUUGAGCGUCUCUGCAAGCUGCACCAACUCUUAUCUCGUUCACCAAAUCUUGUCAAAGUGGUUGUUUUGUUCUGUUUUUGUUCUGUGGAGUCAAAUAAACGAUUUAUCUGCA